GUUUGUGUUUUUUGUGUUGAAUUUGGGCGGUGGAAUCGGAAGCCAAAAUCGAAGUUCAGAAUCAAUCCUUCGUAAUCUUGGUUAGGGUUUUCUUUUUCCCGCUUUCUUCUCUUCUCUUUCCCUUUGAAUCCACUUCCUUAAUCCUUCACAGUCCCUCCAAUUUAUUCCUUUUCCUUCCAUUAUCAGAGUGUAGCUUUUGGAGAUUCAACACAAUCAUGUACGGACCCAGAGGGGCAAUGUUGGGAAGCGGGGGGGUUUCGGAUGGGUACGAAGUCGGCUCAAAAAGACAAAGAAUGAUGGAACCGAAUCCCUACUUCGCAGUUAGCAGCAGCACUGCUGGAUUUCAACCUUACGGCUAUGGGAGUUUUCCACCUACUCAUGCCUUCCCUGUGGUUCGCCUUAGAGGACUUCCCUUCAACUGCACUGACAUUGAUAUUUUCAAGUUCUUUGCUGGACUGGACAUUGUGGAUGUGCUGCUUGUCAACAAGAAUGGACGGUUCAUGGGAGAGGCCUUUGUUGUCUUUGCUGGCUCUGUGCAGGUUGAGUUCGCAUUGCAACGGGAUCGACAGAAUAUGGGACGUAGGUAUGUAGAAGUCUUCAGGUGCAAAAGGCAGGAUUAUUACAACGCUGUUGCUGCAGAAGUAAAUUAUGAGGGUAUUUAUGAUAAUGACUACCACGGAAGCCCUCCUCCUCGACAAAAGAGGUUCAGUGACAAGGACCAGAUGGAAUACACUGAGAUACUGAAACUUCGUGGUCUCCCCUUCUCUGUGACAAAAUCCAACAUCAUUGAAUUUUUCGGAGAGUUUGACCUUGCAGAAGAUAGGAUACAUAUUGCAAGUCGCCCAGAUGGGAAGGCUACCGGGGAGGCCUAUGUGGAGUUUGCUUCAGCAGAGGAGGCAAAGAGAGCAAUGAGCAAGGACAAGAUGACAAUUGGAUCGAGAUACGUGGAGUUGUUUCCUUCAACCCCAAAUGAAGCAAGAAGAGCUGAGUCAAGGUCAAGACAGUAAAGUAGGUAAACUUGGUCAUGGAGUCUAAAAGGUUCUCUGUUGCUAUAUUUUUGUGCCGAGGCUUUGCCGUUCUUGUACUUUUUUCCAGUUUGUAGGAUGACUAUCGAUGUGGUAUAUUCUCUGCAGUUUUUGCUGAAACUGUGGAGUAAAUCGAUACUGCAUUUUGAGAUUGAAAUGUUAGUCUUAUGGUUAAAGCACUGAUCUUCUUUUCCUUCUU